UCAUGUUUAACCAAAAAAAAAAGUUAAUCAAACCAUUCUACUUUUAUGAAAAGUUCUGCUACACAAUGCUUUGGAGGCCAAGUGGAAUAAUUAAAAGUAUUAUUUUUUUUUAACAUCAAUAUGCAUUUCCUCAGCAUAAUACGAUUAAAUAACACGGUGUAACUGGAGCUUUUGUUGCGGAUUCUUCUUAUUUCAAGUACAAAUUCUACUGCCCGUAUUAAAAGACAGUUAAAAUGAUUAAACGAGGAAGACUUCAAGGUUGCGAAUUGCAGUCUUCGGAAAACACCGUCAAUUUAUAUUUCUCAGCUUCACUUUCGAUUCCCGAAGUUACCAAUGAUACAAAGCCAUUGUCGGGAAAAACGCCUCGGAGUCGCCGCACGAAGAAAGCAGCCUGACUGACUGUUCAUUUGAGACCAGUCAGAUCUUGCAGUGGACUCCCCCUCUCUAUGUAUGUCUGUUCUAUGGCUCAUCUACAGAAUGACCGCAGUUACUGUCUGGUGUGAUGGUGAAUGAUCUGGAGGAAUGUGGCUGCAAAUCAAUUUCCAAUCAAUCAAUCAUCCAACCUACUGUUUAAAAGAAAGAUUCAAGAAUGGCCGAGGUCAAAUCAAAUCUGUCCAAAGAAGCAGAACGUAAGUUGCGGUCUCUCUUUGAGCCGGUGAACCUCAGUCUUCUUUACAAAGCCAAUGUCCAUGGCUACAACAGUGCAGAAUUUCACAGCAAAUGUGACAGGCAAGGUCCUACCCUUACCGUGGGAUACAACAAGCCCGGCUUCAUCUUCGGGGGAUACACCAGCAUGAGCUUUGCCCAGACAGGGCAGCACCUGGUAGACGAGAAAGCCUUCAUUUUCAGCUGGAACUCGAAUGAUCCAGAAAAACAGCCUCUCCGGAUUCCUGUUGCCAAUGCCCAAUAUGCCAUCCUUGAUAAUAAUGGUGGGCCAAAUUUUGGGGCAGCACUUGUAUUUCUUAACAACAAUGUGGCAGCAGUCAUCACGAACCCAGGGCAGUACUAUACCUUCAAUGCUGAAGAGUUGCACGGGGGUGAUUUAAAUCUCACUGAAUGUGAAGUGUAUCGAGUCGAAUCUCUUGGAUAUAUGCUGGAGAAGCCGUGGAGGACUGUCCAGUGGAAGGCAGAGAAAAGGAAAGAGUUAAUUGACACCAUCAGGAGUUACAAACCACCUGUGACCACGGUCCCACAAGUUCGGGUUCUGCUCGUUGGUCCGGUUGGCGCUGGGAAAUCCAGCUUCUUCAACUCUGUUAACUCAGUCUUCCGAGGUCAUGUGACCAGCCAGGCUUCCGCUGGGAGUUCAGCUACCAGUCUGACUACUAAGUUUCGGAGCUAUUUCGUGAAGGAGGGCCGGGACGGCAAGCCCCUGCCUGUAGUGCUCUGUGAUACCAUGGGGCUGGAGGAGGUCACCGGGGCAGGGCUGGAUGUGGACGAUGUGGUCAGCAUCAUAAAUGGGCAUGUUCCAGACAGAUAUCAGUUCAACCCAUCCACAGCCAUACAAAAAAACACACCAGGCUUUAUAAAGUCAGCAGAGCUGAAGGACAGAAUCCACUGUGUGGCCUUUGUGAUGGAUGCUUGUAAAGUGAAGAUCAUGUCGGCCAAGCUGGAAGAAAAACUCACCACCAUUCGGAAGAAGAUCAACCUGAUCGGGGUUCCUCAGCUUGUUCUUCUGACCAAGGUGGAUGAGGCGUGUGAGUUGGUGGCCAGCGAUGUAUCAAGUGUUUACAAAAGCAAAUUCAUUGAAGGGAAGAUGCAGGAGGUUGGAGCCCGGCUUGGCAUUCCAGUGUGUUGCAUCGUCCCAGUCAGGAACUACAACAAUGAACUAGAGCUGGACUGCAACACCGAUAUCCUGCUUCUCAGUGCCGUCAUCCAAAUGCUGCGCCUUGCAGAUAAUUACUUUGAUGAUGUCGGCUGUGAUGAAAAAUAUGACUGAACUCUGUGUGCUUUGGUGGAUGAUUAUGCUCAUUUAGAAAGUCAUUGCUUAUAGGGAAACAACCAACAGCCAAAGCAUCCUGAUAAAUGCAUAACUGAUUAAUAUAGUAAUAAAUCGAAUGAUCUGCUUUUGGUACAUUGCUUUACAGUUAAAUGUAAUCACAGUGUUUUCCUUUUUCCAGAAUGUGUAUGUGUGUUUUUUUUUUGUUUUUUUGUGUGCCAUUUUUUGUAUUUCAAGCUUAAUGUCAGGUUUGAUUUGAGUUAUUUGUCGUCUUUUUUUUUUUUUUUUUAAACUCCUUG